CUUCAGCAACACUGUAAGUUAGGUCAUCACAGUGCCAGAUAUUAUUUUCAAUUCAGUGCCGUUUAACACUAUUUGAAACUUGGUUCUGGCAUAUUUGUUCGCAUCAAUCAACAGAAGUAGUCUUCAUAAGUUUCAUUCAUCAACAAAAUCACGGCGAGGAUGACUGACACAGAGAUAGAGGGUCCGGGGAGACACGGGAACGGUGAUGUGCUCGCAGAAUCGGCGACAAAAAGAGAUGAUGUGUUUGAUGAAACGUACAAAGAGAAAGAAGGUCCUAAACCUUCAAUGAUAAUCGUGUGGAAAAAUAUCAUAUUGAUGACUUUCUUGCACAUUGGAGCCGUGUACGGCAUCUCCCUCGUCCCAUCUGCUCAUGUUUUGACCUGGGCUUGGUCUGUGUUUUGCUUUUUAACAAGUGCUUUAGGAGUGACUGCGGGGGCUCACCGGCUAUGGAGCCACAGGUCCUACAAGGCCUCGUUACCUCUCAGAAUCUUUCUUGCCACUGCCAACUCCAUGGCCUUUCAGAAUGACAUCUUUGAAUGGGCUCGGGACCACAGAGUUCACCACAAGUUUUCAGAGACCGAUGCCGACCCCCACAACGCCGUCCGAGGGUUCUUCUUCGCCCACAUCGGUUGGCUCCUGGUGCGUAAACACCCGGACGUCAUUGAGAAGGGGAAGAAGCUGGAGCUCAGUGACUUGAAGGCUGACAAAGUUGUCAUGUUCCAGAGGAAGUAUUACAAGAUGUCAGUGGUGCUGAUGUGCUUCUUCAUCCCCAUGUUUGUUCCUUGGUGCCUGUGGGGAGAGAGCCUGUGGUUGGGCUACUUCGUGCCAGGUCUGCUGAGAUACACCCUGGUACUGAACGCUACCUGGCUGGUCAACAGUGCUGCCCACAUGUGGGGCAACCGGCCCUACGACACCAACAUCAACCCCAGAGAGAACAAGUUUGUCACUCUUAGUGCCAUAGGUGAAGGGUUCCAUAACUAUCACCACACCUUUCCUUAUGAUUAUGCAUCGAGUGAGUUUGGCUGCAACCUGAACCUGACCACCUGUUUCAUCGACUUGAUGUGUUUCCUCGGCCUGGCAAAGGACCGCAAGAGAGUGUCCCCUGAACUAGUGCUGGCCCGGGCUCAGCGCACUGGGGACGGAAGCACCCGGAACCGGAGUGGCUAGGAGGUUUUCCCCCAAUCUCAAAAAAGCUCCAAAACAAAACCAAUGUAAAAGAAAAUAUAUAUAAAACCGACAAAAGUUUAGUUUGCAGUGUAAUUUUGAGAGAUGCUUCUCUUAUCUUGUAGCUACAGUCAAAGCUUCACUCUUCUCCUUUCUUAAAGAUUCAUGUUCGCUUUUAAAAUAGGGACUUUAAUCACCUUAUGUUCUACUGUUUCAUUUCAACUUCGCUUCAGCAAAUAGUCUGUUGUGUGAAAUGGUACAAAUCUGUCUGUUGCCAAAGCUGGUAUGCUGCCAUUGGUCAAGCCUUCCUCAGUAGGCUGGAGGAGGUUUUCCUGAGCUGUGAAUGCUUCUUCUGCUGCAAUGGUACAUUGAUGUUGCAUAGGCAAUCAAUCCAGAGUUUCUUAAACUGCAGUCAAGUAUUAAAGGAGAGAUUUGAAAAAUAAGAAAGCUUUAAAAAAAAUAAGAAACAUUUUAAACUUGUUGUUGUGACACCUUUAAAUCUC